CACAACGAACUCUUGCGUCGCUCCCUAAUCAUAACUCCCAACGGAAUCCAGUCCCAAACUGAUUGUGAAUUUCCAAGUGAGGAAGAUGGAUUCCUCUCAGAACUCGUCCUCUGCAACACCACCGAUCGCUGGAAACGGUGGUACCGUUUCCGGAUCCGACGCGGACGAACCGAAACAGAACCUCAACAAUGUCCUCAACUCUAUACAAAAGACCCUCGGUCUUCUCCACCAGCUCUACCUCACCGUCUCCUCCUUCAACGCCUCUUCCCAACUUCCCCUCCUUCAGCGCCUGAACGCCGUGGUGUCGGAGCUCGAUGCGAUGCAGAGAUUGGCAGAGAAUUGUAAUAUCCAGGUUCCCAUGGAGGUCGUCAACUUGAUUGAUGAUGGGAAGAAUCCAGAUGAAUUCACGCGGGAUGUCAUCAAUAGCUGCAUUUCCAGAAAUCAGAUCACCAAGGGCAAAACCGAUGCUUUCAAGAGUUUACGGAAGCACCUUUUGGAGGAACUUGAGCAAGCAUUUCCUGAUGAAGUGGAAGCUUAUAGGGAGAUACGUGCAACUUCUGCUGCUGAAUCAAAGCGUCUAGCACAAGCACAGAGUAUUUUACCCAAUGGAGAUGUAAAAGUCAAGACUGAGCAUUAAAAGUUCGAGUUACUGAUAAUGCUCACGAGCUUAGGUUUUCAUGUUAUAUUUAGUUGGAUCUAUGUAGAAUUCAUGUUUUAGGCCCCUGGUACUAUUACCCUUAAAAAAAAAAUGAAUUAUCUUUUAGGCAUGCUCUUAUGGCUUGUUUGUAGAAAUAUAAUUAAGCUUGAAUUCUUCAUUUGAUGGUUAUAAUAAAAUUACUGAAGCUUCUUAGAAGCCUCUGGAGGUUACCAAA